AUGACCAAGGUGGCACUUGAUUCUCUCAGCAAACGCAAACAGCCGGAUGUUACCUAUGAUUCCACAGGCAUUGAUUUGCUGGCCGAGCUGCUCCAUGCGCAUGAGGCGAGCCCGGAGAAAUUUAGCAUGGAUGAUGUUUUCGCCGUUGCCCACGGUGCUGUAUUCGCCGAUUCUGACUCGACCGCUUCGACGACGCAGUCCUUUUCCUAUUUGUAG